CCUUUCACUAUCUUUAAUCACAACCAAAUCUUCCGCGCAUGUCGUUUGAGCGGCAUCAACCCAAUGAGCGAUGGAACAGAUUAGAGCGCAUCAGACUUGACUUGGCGGCUUUGCGCGGAGCCUUCCCACCCCUGGCCAAACGCAAAGAUGAAGCACAUUCCAACAGCUUCCAGAACGGUCGGAACGGCCAGGGCAGUGACAGCAAUGAGGUGCACGAGCUAGAGCUGAGCAGGGAGGAGCGUCUGGAGAACAUUCAAAGAAAAUUGAGCACGGCUAGCACGGGUCGACGGCUUGUCAAUGGACAGGCUGAACUAUACUCAGCUACGUUGUAUGACAGCGAUGCUUCGGCUUCUCCCAUCGGCUUGGGUCAGGAAAGAGCCAGUGCUUGGUUCGAACAGUAUAACCCACAGGCCUUUGUGCAGUCUCAACGUUUCGAGUCUUGCUUGUAA